AUGAGCGCCAAAAAAGUCCUCAUCGUCCUCUCCUCUCGCGACAGCAUCACGGUGACCAGCUCCGACGGCAGCACACGGCAGCAAGCGACCGGCUUCUUCCUCAAAGAGCUAGCCCAACCGCUCCUCCGGCUCCUCGCGGCAGGCUACACCCCGGUAUUUGCCAACGCCGACGGCAGCAAGCCGGCGCUGGACCCGCUGUCCGACAACGCGCUGUGGUUCCUCUCGUUCACCGAGAAGGCGCGCGAGAAGGAGCUGCUCGAGAAGAUGGCCGUCGAAAGGAACUUCGCGCAGCCGAAGAGGUUCGCUGAGCUGCGGGAUCAGCAGCUGCAGGAGUUUGCGGGCGUGUUUGUGCCUGGUGGACAUGCGCCCAUGGAGGAUCUGGGGGUGGAUACGGAGCUGGGGAGGAUUAUGGGCUGGUUUCAUGAGAAGCGUCUGCCGACUGCGGUGAUCUGCCAUGGCCCCAUAGCCCUGCUCUCUGCACACUCCCCCGCCGACCCCGACUCCUUCCCGUACAAGGGAUACAAAGUCACGUGCUACUCCAACAAGGAGGAAAUCACGAACGAGUUUAUGUGGGGUGGGAAGCUACCGCGGUGUGAGGAUGCGCUGAAAGAAGUGGGAUGCGACGUUGAGACGCCAAUGGUACCGCUGAUGCCGAAGGUGGUGGUAGACCGCGAGCUCGUGAGUGGCAACGGCCCGACUAGUGCCGAUCAACUGGGCGAGAAGUUUGUCGAGAUGUUAGAGAAGGGCGUGGGCAAUGUUUAA